AUGGCGAGGACUGCGGCCGCCGACGCGCUCAAGGAGCAGCUCCGCGGCCAGUUCGUGGGGAAGACGCUUCACGAGGUGCCGACGCCCUCUGUCGUGCUGGACCUGGCCAAGCUCGAGGUCAACUGCGAGCGCAUGCUCGAGGCCACCGAGAGGCUGGGCCUGCUGUGGCGGGCACACAUCAAGUCACAUAAAAUCCUUUUCUCCUUCCCGCUCCUCCCAACCGCCAUCCCCCGCCUCGCCGCCCUCACCGCCGACCUCGGACCGGACACCCUGACCCUGAUGAUCGACCACCCCUCCCAGCUGACCGCGCUCACCACUUUCACCACCACCGCCACCACCACCAUCCCUCACCGGCCCCUAAUCUUCCUCAAAAUCGACACAUCCUACGGCCGCGCCGGCGUGCCGCCGUCCACCCCCGCCUGCACAGCCCUCCUCGACGCCGCGCUGGCCGCCGAGCAGGCCGGCGCGUGCGCGCUGCUCGGGCUGUACUCGCACGCGGGGCACAGCUACGCGGCGCGCGGCGGCGUGGCCGACGUGGUUGGCUACCUGGCGGCCGAGGUGCGCGGGCUGGUGGAGGUGGCGCGGGAGGUGGUCAGGCGGAGGGGCAGGGGGAGGGAAAGGGAAAAGGACGGGAACGGGGACGGGGACGGGGACGGGAAUGCGGGGAGGCGGUUGGUGUUGUCGGUGGGCGCGACGCCGACGGCGACGGUGGUGCAGCAGCGCGGGGCGGACUCGCGGGCCAUCGCCGAGGUGCAGCGGCUGGUGGAGGAGGUGAGGAGGGAAGGGUUUGCGCUGGAGGUGCAUGCCGGGGUGUAUCCGACGCUGGAUCUGCAACAGCUGGCGACCCACGCCAGGGACGAGUCGCUGAUGACGGCAGACGACAUCGCGAUCAGCGUGGUGGCCGAGGUGGCUUCCAUUUACCCCGGCCGCGGGGCCAACGGCACCACAGAAGCCCUCAUCAACGCCGGCACCCUCGCACUGGGCCGCGAGCCGGUCAUGGACAAGGGCGAGGUGCCGGGACACGACUACUCCGGCUGGGGCCUCCUGAUGCCCUGGGGUUUGGACAACCCGGUGCCGGGCCCAGACUUCCCGCGGGUGCACGACGGCUGGCAAGUCGGGCGCAUCAGCCAGGAACAUGGCAUCCUGACUUGGCAGGGCCGGAAAGAGGACGAGGUGGCGCUGCGCUACGGACAGAGAGUGCGCGUGUGGCCUAACCACAGCUGUAUCGCGGGGGCCUGCUUUGACUGGUAUUUGAUUGUUGACAGCAGGAACCAGGGUCGCGAGGACGAGGUCAUCGACGUGUGGCCGAGAUGGCGGGGCUGGUGA